AGCUGAUUCUCCAAUCACUUUUGGUGAUGCUGUCACGUGGCUCUGGUUGACCAAUAGCCAGCCGCAGAUUAACCAGUUUGCCGCACCCAAGUAGGAUGAUGGUGGCUCGUUGAAGCGACGCAGGGACGACGAAUGUAGAGAGAUAAACCCACUCUGAGAUCACCAGGGUAGGGAUAAAGAUAGUGAAACCCACCGUCCUGCUUUCAACGGUCACUGUUUAUUCAUUUCAUCACAUCAAAGAGAGGGAGGCCAGCCCAGGAUGAACGGCGACUCAGGUGCCGGCGUGGUGACGGCCCCCCCUCCCACCACAGCCCCCCACAAGGAGCGGUACUUCGACCGGGUGGACGAGAGCAGCCCGGAGUACCAGAGGGAGAGAAACAUGGCCCCCGACCUGCGGCAGGACUUCAACAUGAUGGAGCAAAGGAAGAGGGUCUCCAUGAUACUACAGAGCCCGGCGUUCUGCGAUGAGCUGGAGACGAUGAUCAAUGAUCAGCUGAAGAAGGGGAAGACGCCCACCAGCCUUCUGGCUCUGCAGCAGAUCGCAGACUUCAUGACCACCAGCAUGCCUUCCAUGUAUCCCGCCGCACCGCAGGGAGGCAUGGCGGCGCUCAAUAUGAGUUUGGGCAUGGUGACUCCAGUGAACGAUCUGCGUGGCUCAGACUCUAUUUCCUAUGACAAGGGCGAGAAGCUGCUCCGCUGCAAGCUGGCUGCCUUUUAUCGGCUGGCUGACUUGUUCGGCUGGUCCCAGCUCAUCUACAACCACCUCACAGUCCGGGUGAACUCAGAUGAGGAGCGCUUCCUACUUGUCCCUUUUGGGCUCCUGUACAGUGAAGUCACCGCCUCCAGUCUGGUGAAAGUGAACAUUCAGGGGGAGAUAGUGGACCGGGGAAGCACCAACCUCGGGGUGAACAAGGCGGGCUUCACUCUCCACUCUGCCAUCUACGCGUCACGGCCCGAUGUCAAGUGUAUCGUACAUAUACACACAUCUGCGGGUGCUGCGGUUUCGGCCAUGAAAUGCGGCCUGUUGCCCAUCUCACCUGAGGCUCUGUCCCUGGGGGAGGUGGGAUAUCACGACUACCAGGGCAUACUGGUGAACGAAGACGAGGUUGCUGUCAUACAGAAGAACAUUGGGACUAAUAGAAAGGUGCUCAUCCUGAGGAACCAUGGCCUGGUGACUGUAGGCGAAACAGUGGAGGAAGCUUUCUAUUACAUUCACAAUCUGGUUACCGCCUGUGAGAUUCAGGUGCGAACACUGGCUAGCGCUGGAGGGCCAGAUAAUUUGGUGAUGCUGGACCCAACAAAGUACAAGUCACGCCCGAGGGUCCCGGAGUCAGUUGGGGACGGGUCCUCUGUACACCCCAAGUGGCAAAUCGGGGAGCAGGAGUUUGAGGCUCUCAUGAGAAUGCUCGACAACUUGGGCUACAGGACGGGCUACCCUUACCGCUGCCCAGCAUUGCAAAACAAAUCUAAAAAGUACAGUGACGUGGAGAGCGCUUCCUCCGGUCACGGGGGCUACUCUUACGGGGAGGACAGUGACUCAGGUGCUCGCUCACCGCUGAAGCAGAGCUUCCAGCGCGGCCAAGGCAGCAAGACCCGCUGGCUCAAUGCGGGGGGGCGGCCCGACGAGCCGCUCGAGGACGGGCCCGACGGCAGCAGCCCCAAGUCGAAGCCUAAGUGGACAAAGGAAGACGGACUCCGACAGGCUGCCGUAGCCAAUCAGUUCAUCCCAUUGAACACCAACCCAAAAGAUGUCCUGGAGAUGAGGAAUAAGAUCCGGGAGCAGAAUCUGCAGGACAUAACAACAGCAGGGCCGCAGUCCCAGGUUCUGUGUGCCGGGACUGGGAUGGAGCGCAGCUUCAACCAGGACGCCCCUCUGUCUAACUGUACAGACACUAUUGACGGCCUCGAUGAGUCCGAGGGGUCCUAUAGUCCUGCUAAAUCAUUUAGAAAGGGGGAGCUAGUGACCGCAUCCAAGGCCAUCAUCGAGAAGGAGUACCAGCCCAGGGUCAUCGUCAGCAAGCAGGGUCCCAACCCCUUCACCAAACUCACCGACCAGGAGAUGGACGAGUACCGCAGGGAGGUGGAGCAGAACCAGAAAGGGCCUGAAGACCUGGAACAGCUAGCAGAGCCUGAGGAGGAGCCAAAAAGCCAGAAACCCACCGCCACACCCCCGAGCACCCCUGCCAGAGCAGAGGAAGAGUCUUUGCCUGAUCAAACGUAUAAGGAUGAGAGCGACUCCGCCACCCUGAGACAGACCCUUCCAGAUUUAACACCCGACGACCCCUCCGAUGCCCCGGCACUUCCUGCCGAAGAAGACUCCGCCCUUGUCCCCGCAGACGCAGCUGAGGGCGAGGAACCCGCUGACGCUUGUGACCAGGAGGGAGAAGAGUCUCCCAGCAAGUCACCCUCCAAAAAGAAAAAGAAGUUCCGCACUCCUUCCUUCCUAAAGAAAAACAAGAAAAAGACUGCAGAGUCCUAGAUUGGAGAAUGUUGGAUCGGUCCUCACGGCUGGCUGCUGCCUCUUUUCAUUUCCGCUUUUGUCUGCUACCAUUGCACCCUUGGAGCAAGCCUCAGUAACACAGUUAUGCUUUUUAUUGUUUUGAUAUCAUUUGUCGCGGGCUUAUUAACCUAUUUUUCCUCGUUAGUGUGUGCCAAUUUUGUAUACAGUGUAAAAAUGAUUGAUUGCAAAGGUUUUUAAUUAUUAGAGGCUUUUUAAGUUGUGAGUGAUGCAUUCUGUCUUGUCUAUUCCAUCUGGCCUUUGAUGCAUGUAUUUUACCACAGGCCCAAACACUAAAUGUGAGGUUUAAGGGUUUUAUUGCCCUCAUUUUUUUUUAAAGAGUAAUACUAAACUGUUGUAACCACUAGAAUGUAUUGGGAUUGUAUCAACAAACAAAAAAAAUGUGUCUUUUAAAAAAAACAGUAAAUUCAGAAGAAGCUUGUGCUCUGAUUUAACUGGUGGUACAUUUAGACAGCAAGAACUACAAAUUACAUAGUGCUAAUUUUACCUCUGCAGCUGUGCACCCAUGUAAUUACAUGUUAAAAGGCCAGGAGAAUUACAGUUGGGUUGUUAACAGUUCAUUACUUAUGGGGAAAUGCAGUCAUACAAAGUCUAUAAUAAUGUCUCCAUAAUCCUGUUUUUCAUUCAAUCAUCCACAAGCUAAAUCCCACGUGGGUGUCAACGCAAUCUUCUACCUAAAGCAUUUAACACAGCCUUAGCUUACAGGUAUGUUGUAGAGUGCUUUAGAUAUUUUAUAUGAUGUGGAAGUUGGUUUUAAAAUGUCUCCAAACUGAUUAUUCUGCGGUGCUGCAAAACUGCACAUGGAAAUGUUUGAGAUUUUUAGCGUGGGUCACAACAACGUGUGAGUCAUCCCGGGAAGCGUCAGCAAGCAUUGUUGAUUAUUCCAAGGGCUGAUUAUAUAUUUACUGUUAUUCUUUAGUAUGAAGGAAUGUGUACAAAAUAAUUCUCACUCAAUGUUUUUCAUUUAUUCUAAUUAUAUAAGCCUGCAUUUGUUUUACUUUUGGUCUAUCUGCUUCGCAGAAAUCGGCAGAAAAGUUACAUGUGUGAAAUUUCAGUUUUUUUGUUGCGUUUUCUCAAGUAUUAUCACUAUGAUUGCUGUGAGGGAGCACUGUGAACCUCUUUUGUAAACCACUGUCUUGGGAUUUGGACCACAUGUACCAUCAUUAACAUAGAUACAGUUGCUACAGAACAUGUAAAACUAUUAUGAAGCUGCAUGAUCAAUCGUAUGUCAGAACUAUCAACCUGGACUCUCCUGUGUAAAACUCCACUAUGAGCAAAUAGACAUCGAAUGCCUGUGUGUUUCCAGCUGCAGUAUAGACAAAAUGUACACUGGAGAAGCAUUUAUUUGAUGUCACUGAUGUAUAAUCAAUAACGGUAUCGCAAAUGAUCUGUGCUUAAGGUUGCAGGGCAUUUAUACGAAGGCCAAUCUCCAUGCAUUGCUUCCUAACGUGCUUUUAUUCUUCCUGUUAAGUGACUGUUUAGUCUUCAGUCUAUCCAACUCGUGGUGACGGGAAGCUUCUACUAAUCUGAAGCGCUGAAUAAACCUUUGUUCACGACAGAUGGUGCAUCUACACUAUUGCAUACAAGCUGAGAAUAUCUAACUCAUGAAGGUGUGCAUGUGUAGAGUGCCUAGUGUGUGUGCUGUCCUUUAAGUCACUAACUACCCUUUUAUUUCAGUUAUAUGUUAGCUUUAGUGUGCUGAUAACAAAACUAAGUCAUUGUAGACAUGGUUUUCAUCCUAGUCUGGUUUUUUCUUAUAUUAAAUAUCACAUCUAUGCUGAUUUGUUCUCUUUGUCUGAGGUACUUCCAAUUGAAAUGUUUCUCAUCAUUAUACCAUCUACAGACAUAAUACUUCCACCUCUCUUCUCUCAUAGUUCUGGCUGUUUUACAACCAUGAAUUAAAACAAACACUUACCUUGAAAAUCA